AAUUUAUUGGGAUAUUGUUAUAAAAUGGGAAUUGGAACCGAAGUUGAUUCACAAAAAGCAUUUAAAUUAUAUGAAAGUGUAGCAAAUUUAGAAAAUUUACAUGGAAUAUGUAACUUAGGAGUUUGUUAUGAAAAUGGAAUUGGAACUGAAAUUAAUGAACAAAAAGCAUUUAAAUUAUAUCAAAAAGCAGCAGAUUUAGAACAUUCAGAAGGAAUGAAUAACUUAGGUUAUUGUUAUAAUAAUGGAAUCGGAACUGAUUUUGAUGAGAAAAAAGCAUUUAAAUUAUAUCAAAAAGCAGCAAAAUUGGGAAAUGAAUUUGCACAAUAUAAUCUUGCUUUAAUGUAUGAAUUUGGAGAUGGAAUUGAAGAAAACUUUGAUCUAGCGAUCUACUGGUUUAAAAAGUCUGCUGAACAAGGAAAUAUAAAAUCUCAAAAUUUGGGAAAUUCUCAUGGAAUAUAUUGCUUAGGAUGUUGCUAUGAUGAUGGAGUUGGGAUUGAUGUUAAUAAAGAAAAGGCAUUUAAAUUGUACCAAAUGGCAGCAGAUUUAGGUCAUAUAUUUGGAAUUAAUAAUUUAGGAUGUUGUUAUGACAAUGGACAUGGUACCGAAGUUAAUAAAAAAAAGGCAUUUGAAUUAUUUCAAAAAGCAGCAAUAUUGGGUAAUGAUUUUGCACAAUAUAAUCUUGCUUUAAUGUAUGCAGAUGGAAAAGGAGUUGAGAAAAAUAUUGACCUAGCGAUUUAUUGGUUUAAAAAAUCUGCUGAACAAGGGGAUCAGGAUGCACUAAGCAAGUUAAAUAAGCUUAAAAAAAUUGAAUAAUUUUUUUAAAAAAUAGCUGAUUGAUUUAAGUUUGAAAAAUUUUUUUAUUCUUUUAUGAAAUCAUAUUUGUAUGAUAUAAAAGGUUGGAUUAAUACAUUACUGAAAAGUUUUGUAAAUUCAUUUAAUUAAACAUGUCGUAAGAAUAUAAGUUUAUUUUUCGAUUAGUUAGUUAUUACAAAAAAAUGGCUAUUAUUCAUUUAGGUGAUUUAUGAAUUCUUUUUCCAUAUAUUAUUAAUUUCUAUAAAAUACUAUGAAUAUAUAAAUACAUGUGAAAAAUUACAUAAAUCUACAAUACCUACGGCGAUAUACGUAUGCGAAGAUAAAAAAAAUAGAACGUUAUUUGAUUAACAAAAAUAAUAAUAUAUUCAUCCAGCUAAUAAAAAAGUAUAUUUAUGUAAUUAAUAAAAUGUAGUAUAUUUAUUUAAUAAUAUAAAAUAAACGUAUUUAUCCAAUUAAUAAAAAAGCAUAAUGAUGCAAAAAUAUAUUUUAAAAU